AUGUUUUGGGCUGCAUUCUCUGGAUAUCCACGCAAAACCGGAUUAAUUCCACUAUUCGGAGACCCUAAUUCGGCGCGUGGUGGUGUUAAUCGCUUUGUUAUUCACGAUUUAUAUCAACGAAUGCUUCCAACGUUACUCGCAAAUAACGAUGGGAUUUUUCAACAUGAUAACGCACCUACGCAUACUGCGCGAAUUGUCCGCGAUCUACUGCAGGAAUUAGGCAUUGAGGUUAUGGAAUGGCCUCCCUAUUCGCCUGAUUUAAACCCAAUUGAGAAUCUCUGGGCGUUAUUAAAAGCUGAAAUCAUGAAACUGCGUCCUGAUCUAAAGACGAUGCAUAAUAACGAUUCUACGUGGGAAAUACUCCUAGAAACAGCUCAAAUCGCGUGGGAAAAUCUUGACUGGAAUCACUUUGUCCACCUUGCGGAGACUAUGCCUCACCGCGUCGCUAAUAUUAUCAAGUACGAAGGGUGGUAUACUAGUUAUUAG